GUGCUCAGUCUGCGAUUCUCUCCGUUUCAUUGACUGUCUUCUUCCUCCGCUUCGGAGUUUUCGCGCCAUUCCAAGUUUCUUCUUAUCUUCUCUUCCAGAAUAUCCGAUUUUCUCUGGAUUCUUCGCAGGUAUGUGAUCUUCAUAAUCCCUGUUUCUCCGAGUGGGAUUUUUUUCGCGAUCCAACUUUUCUCUGUUUUCAUCGCCGAUCAUCUGUUUGGCUGCAAGGAAAAUGGAGAGGGAAAAAUGUGAGGAGGCUAUAAUGCACUUAUUAGAGGGGAUCCAGUCUUCCUGAAUGGUGGAAUCGAAUCAUCUCUUAUUGUGAUUGCUUUGAGGCUGCAGAUUUUACGAGCUCGCGCUCAGGCAAACACGACACACCAAUGAGUCUCUAAGAUGUCUGAGGAUAGAUUUCCGUCGUGUCAAUCGCGUGGAAGCGUAGAGCAUCGAGGUAGGUUUAAAGGAAAAGCGCGUAAUGAUGCAAAAGUUAGAGAUUGUGAAAAGGGCAAAGUAAUGAACAAGGAUGAGGUCGUGAGGUACAUGUUGAAUCCUCCAGGAUAUCUCCAUGGAAAGGAGAGAUCAGAAAAUUUUCAAGGAAAGGCCCUGAGUGUAGGGGUUCUGGAUUGGGAACGCUUGGAAAGAUGGAAGCAGACUGCCGCUGAAGAAACCAAAGGAUCAUUGCUUAGUGAUGCUUCAUCCAGUGGCGUUAUUACUAGUUCAGAGGAAACUGCCUUCACUUCACUGAGCCGUUCGAGCUCAGUUUCUGCAACUAGCUGUGGUUAUGGAGAAGGGAAUCACUUUUCUACCUGUUCUGGUGCUAGUUUAUCCCACAAGUCCAAACAUUUUCGAGAAUAUGAAUCUGCUUGUCAGGGCAAGUGGGAAGAGAAGAAACGGGUACCGUGGGAUGUUGAUUCCUUCAACCGGGACUACUCUGGUUUGUCAGGCAGGUUAGUCAGAAAAUUGGAAUUAGAUCAGAAGUUUAGACCAAGGCUUGAGAACUUCUCUCCGGACACGAGACAUCACAGUCUCACACUUAGGUCGAGAAAAUAUGCAAAUGCUAUUGAUACUAGUACCAAAAAGAGAACCGAGCCAACGGCGGUUAAAGCAGAUGUAAACAAGAAAAGGUUUGACAAGAUUUUAACGUUACACACUGCUGCUAUACAAUCUGGCAAGGAGGAUGUGUCUAACGCUGAAUGGCUAAAAGCAAGUUUCAGAACUGAAGAGAGCACAUCAAACGGGACAACUGAAAUCGACCUUUCUCAUCAAUCUCAACAAAGGAAGCCGAAAAACAUUGUUCUUCUCCGACCCAAUAAAUAUGCUGCAAACUGUCACGGGGAAAAACAUCAAGCUUCUCUGGAUAAGAAUCUGUUAGAGGAAAUGCAAAGCAAAGUCUCCACAGAGUUUCUCCGUCAAGAGGAUAAUCACUCCUCUGAGGAAUUUCUCCGUCAAGAGGAUAAUCACUCCUCUGAGCUUAGAUCGAGAAUCCCUCAUUCAUGCCCUCUACUUUUCAGCCAUCAGACAAAUGCAGAGCUUGAAACCAGUUCGGAGCCAUUAUCAUCUGAAGCAUCGAAAACGGUUGAAUGUCAAGACAAUGGAAGUGGUGAUACGGAAGGUAAAUGUUCAAAACCGAUAUAUUUAGAGGAUGGAAACCAAAAAAGUGUCGGGAAUCCAUGUGUGUUGGGCCAAGAAAUACCCAAAGUGGUAUCAAGAAGAGGAAGACAUGCGUUGCCUAACCGAGGUUCUAGCUUCAGUUUUAGCCAGAUGGGUAGAAGUUUCAGCUUCAAGGAAACUUCAUCCGUCCCCUCGUCAUCAAGCCCACCUCACGUUGUUGCUAAAUCGGGUCUAUUAACAUCUGGCACCUCAGUUUACAGCAAUGGAAAACAGAAAGGCCACAACAGGACUAAAUCCAGUCCUUUGCGGAGAAUGAUAGACCCCUUACUGAAACCUAAUCACGAAACCCGUGUCCCAAACCCGAGGCCAAACAAAUCACCUGAAAACGAGAAGAAGAUGAAGCAGGAGAAUUCAACAGUCCGAGCUCUAUUGCAGUUCACUGAAAGAAAAGGUGUCCACUUAUUUCAGUUUGUGGUUGACAACAAUAACAACAAUGUCCUCGCAGCCACCCUGAAGAGUUCAGAUUCUUCCACAAAGUUUUACACCUUCUAUUCCGUACAAGAAGUAAGAAAAAAGAGUGCAGGCUGGUUAUUAGGACAAGGGAACAAAGACAAAAGCCAUGGCUUUACAUACAUGAUCAUCGGUCACAUGAGGACUUCAACCACUUUCUCAUCGGAUUUCACCACUCGGAAAUCAGAAUCCGUUUUGUUAGACGUUGAGACAAACCAUGAAGACCAAACUAUGGAGGUUGCAGCCAUUGUUGAUGAGAUGGACUGCUCAUCUAACCCUGACAGUGAUUGGAACACAAAGAUCAUACUCCCUGGUGGGAUCCACACUCUGCCAAAAGACGGGAAUGCCCUUUUGCCUUUGGUUGAUCGUUGGAAAUCCGGUGGAACGUGCGAUUGCGGCGGUUGGGACGUAGGUUGCAAACUUCGCGUUCUUUCCUAUGGACACUCGAACCAUUUCUCCAAAGGGUCGAACUCGAAACCUCGCACAAGCAACGGAAACAGCUUUCAAUUCUUUGAUCAGGAAAGUGACAAGCCGACAUUAACACUAGUCUCACUCGGAGAUGGACUUCACUCGGUUGAGUUCGAUGCAUCGGUCUCUCUCUUACUAGCGUUCUUCAUCUCCUUAACAAUAAGCAGUCGUGAAGAAUCACUUGUUAUCGGAGAUGGUCACAUCAAGCAUAAACCUCCGAUUAAAUACGCUUCCUACCCGCCGGUUUCCCCGGUCGGCCGAGUCUAGUCAUGGGUCUCGACCGAUAGCUAGAUGACGUGGCAGUUCCCAUACCUCUAUGUGGUGGCUUCUGCCAUUUUUUUUUUGUCAGAGACGUACAUCAGUAGGAGAGGUUCUGUUUCAGAACAACCACCAUCAGCAGGUAAGGAAAGUUCUUAGUAUUGAAACUGUGCAUAAAAAACUUUACUUUUGCAAAUCA